AUGCUGGUGCAAAAGCUAAGCUGGAUCACUUUGCUGCUGUUUCUGUAUCAACAUGAAGCAAAAAAAAUGGUGGUCUGUGAAGGAGAGUCUGCGCGUCUCAACUGUGAUUUGGGUUUCAUAACGGUCAACAAAGCCAACUAUGGGCGAACUGAUUGCAAAACAUGUGCUAGUGGGAAACCAGCUAAUCGGAUCUCAAAUAAACAAUGCAGAGCAGAAGCGUCCCUCUCUAUAAUGUCCGCUCGUUGUGACGGAAGAAAGAGCUGUACUGUUCCUGCAGUGAACUCUGUUUUCUCUGAUCCUUGUGUUGGGACUUAUAAAUACCUGGAUGUAUCUUAUGAAUGUAUCCCAGCAAAAAGAAGUGUAACCUGUGAAAAUGGUGAAAGCAUCAUUAAGUGUGAUAAAGGUGUUAUUCAUGUUCAUCAUGCCAAUUAUGGAAGGCGAGAUCUUGUAACCUGCCCUCGUAAUAAACUGACAACAUCAGACUGUUACUCUCCUCAGACCAGCAGCCUGCGUUCCAGGUGUGAUGGGAAGAAGUCUUGUCAACUAAGUGCUUCAAAUUCUGUCUUCUCUGAUUCAUGUGUGGGUUUUUCUAAGUAUCUGGAAGUGACCUAUUGCUGUAAAAAAGUUUGA